AUGAUGUGUAAAAUGAAGAACAUAUUUUUAUUUUAUGUUGAAAUUUUAAUAUUACUUCUUUUUAUUUCCCCAUGGAACCCCACAAAAAAUGAUAAUUUUCAAAGUUUGUGGCAUAAAUUUGAAAAACCAUAUAAUAAUGUAUUAGAUGUUAGAUAUUGUAGAUUGUUAGAAGAACAUGUAGAAUAUUUUGGUGAGGUGAAAUCCAAUGUAAACGUUUUAGUUAGUCAAAAUUAUAUUAAUAAUAUGAUAGAUGAAGAAGAUGAUGAAAUGUAUGAUGUAUUGGAUGAUGAAUUUCUUGAUGUAAAUGAUGAAAGUUUAUUAGAUGAUGAAAGAAGGAAAACAUUUGUUGUAGAAGAUGAAGAACUAUUAAAUGAAGAAUUUUCAGAUGCUUUAGAUGAUAAUGAUUUUUAUACAGCUAAUUAUGUGAAGGAAGAAGUAAUUUUAAGUGAUAAAGAUCAAAAUCCUCUAACUGUGAAAAAAGUAAAUUUAAAUGAUAAAUGGUUAAAUUUAAUGGAAGAAAAAUUAAAAGAUAUAAAUUAUUAUAAAAGAAAAUAUGAAAAUAAAAGACAUAAUUAUAAUGAUAGUGUAAAAAGGUUAGAACAAAAAUAUCAUUUAACAUUUUUGUGGAUCUUGGGUUAUAUAUUUUAUUUUAUUCCAAGCCUUACUAAAUUAUUUCCUAUAUUAUAUCAUUUUUUUAUAUAUAAAAUUAGUCAAAUGAUGUCAAAUUCAUAA